AUGACACCUACGUUCACGGGAGUGGCCUCUGUUCUGUAUAUAUUAGCUGCUGUCUUACUGCAUAUCUUUGUCAAUUUUUCCCUAUCUGGAAACAAAGAUGACAAAACGGAAGCGGAAAAUACAUUUGGUCCAAGAGAUUUACUGGCACAAAUUCCCCCUCGUCAGGUUGACGAAAUGUGCAGUGAGACAACAAAAAAUUGCUACGUAAUCAUCGAAAACAGUGAGAAAAGGAUUGGCAGGUUAAUGAUCUUUCGAGAGCUCCAGAUGAAACUAGAUCGUCGUCUACGUCUGUCCUGUGCACGAAUUUUUAUUCCAGAAUCACUGAGCUAUUCGACGCUGUCGGACACCAGAUCAUGGAGAGUUGAUAAAAGCACAGUACUACUCGUAUACGCUCGAACAAUGAUAGCAGGGAUCUUCGCAAGCGGCGCUGUAAAGUACAACUCUUCCCGAAUUCACAACGUCCUCAUUAUUGGAUUGGGCGGUGGCGUUAUUAACAAUUACUUAAGUUCUAUGCCAAAUCAAAAGCUGAACAUCACCGUUGUCGAUAUUGACCCUGUGAUGAAAAGGAUAGCAGAAAAGUGGUACGACUUUGAAGAGACCGAUUUCCAUCGAAUCAUCGUUGACGAUGGACUCGAGUACGCAAGAAGAGCUUAUGAAAAAGGAGAAAAGUUCGACGCUGUACUGUUGGAUGUUAACACAGUCGAACGACGUCCUCUUCUCGCUCCAAUCAAAGAAUUUCUAACAGAAGAGGCACUUGAAUGCUGGUCAUCAAUUCUAGCCGACACCGGAGUUAUCAUCGUCAACAUUUUAACGGGAAGCGAAUUCGAAGGAAGCCACAAAGAAGUUAAUAAAGUUCGAAAAACAUUUGAGAGACACUUCGCAGGUUGUUCUUUGUUGCCCAGAGGAAGUGAAGAAAUGUUGUUUUGUUUCCACAAAGUUGAGCCACACGAGAACAGAACGGACACACUUUUGAAAAUGGAGACUGCUAUAGACAAGGAACUAGGAUUUCACCUGUCGGAUGGAGAGAACUAUCUCGGAAGCGAUGUCCAGUAG